CCGCGCUCACGCUGGCACGGCCUUGCUAAAAGAUUCGGUCCAAAAGUAGAAAAACAAUUGGAAGGGAGGGGCUAGGGAUUCGGAAUGGAAGAAGAGAAACAAGAGAUGGUGACGCCGGGGGAAGUGCUGGGUAUUGCCUCCGAAGUGAAACCCGGUCAAGGUUCAUAUCUCGCUCCUCACAACAACACCGUCUAUGCUUCUCUAACUGGUUUCCGCCGCAUCUUGUCCCCUCCUCCUGCUUCUACUGACCAGAUACCUACUGUUGAAGUAACUGGUCACAAAGCCCACGGACCUGUGCCACAGCCUGGUUCUGUUGUCAUCGCACGAGUCACCAAGGUGAUGUCUAGGUCAGCUUCUGCUGAUAUUAUGUGUGUUGGCCAUAAGUCAGUUCGAGAAAAAUUUACUGGGAUAAUUAGGCAGCAAGAUGUAAGAGCAACUGAGAUUGAUAAAGUUGAUAUGCACCUAUCUUUCCAUCCUGGCGACAUUGUUAGAGCUCUUGUGCUUUCUCUUGGAGAUGCACGAGCCUACUAUCUGUCAACGGCAAAGAAUGAACUUGGUGUUAUCUCUGCAGAAAGCACUGCUGGUGCGACCAUGGUGCCAAUAAGUUGGACAGAGAUGCAGUGCCCACUAACCGGUCAAAUCGAGCGAAGAAAAGUUGCGAAGGGCAAAAGCUGAGAAGAAUGCCAAACAUCAAGCUUCUAUAUGUUGAUUGAGCCCCCCAUUAAUUGGACAAUAUCGUGUAGAAUCCUACUAACAAGCUUUGUCAAUUGUCAUCACUGUCAAAAACUAUAGCUAAAGCAGUUUUCCUGAGCCAAGGUCAGGGAUGCGAUCACGAUAUCACCGUUGAGACAUGUCUGAUAAGUAAUGCACUCAUUCAACUUUCAGUUA